AUGACGAGAAAGAAUGGUAAGCAUAGUGGAUCGGCCCCAGUCACAAAACUCGGACGAUUGGUCAAAGAAGGAAAAAUCAAAGACCUUGAACAGAUUUACAAAUACUCUCUUCCUAUUAAGGAAUAUCAGAUUGUCGACACUAUUCUUCCAAAGCUAUCGGAUGAAGUCAUGAAGAUCAUGCCUGUGCAAAAACAGACACGUGCUGGUCAACGGACUCGGUUUAAGGCUUUCGUCGUAGUUGGUGACUCGGACGGACACGUAGGUCUCGGAGUCAAAUGCUCAAAGGAAGUAGCUACUGCUAUUCGUGGUGCAAUUGUCCUAGCAAAACUCUCCAUCAUUCCCGUUCGCCGCGGAUACUGGGGUUCCCUCCUCGGUGAUCCACAUACUGUUCCCUCAAAAGUCACUGGUCGCUGCGGAUCCGUAACUUGCCGCUUAGUUCCCGCUCCCCGUGGUACUGGCAUCGUAGCUGCGCCUACUCCCAAGAAGCUCUUACAAUUAGCAGGAAUCACUGAUUGUUAUACCACGUCUAGGGGUUCCACACGUACCCUGGGUAAUUUUGUCAAGGCCACGUUUGCUGCGAUUGGAAAUACGUAUGCGUUCUUGACUCCUGAUUUGUGGGAGAAGAUUGAACAUAAGAAGGGUCCGUACCAGGAGUUUAGCGAUAUCCUUGCCAAAGCGACUGAGAAGAGAAGGGUGUGA